AUGAAGACUCAACUCGUUGGUGCAUCUUUGGCAAUCAUCGGUUUUCUUGGCACUAUUCUAAUCUGUGCGCUGCCCAUGUGGAAGGUGUCGGCAUUCAUUGGGGCAAACAUUGUCACCGCUCAGGUCUUUUGGGAAGGUUUAUGGAUGAACUGUGUGCUCCAGAGUACGGGUCAAUUACAGUGCAAAGUCUAUGACUCUGUUUUGGCUUUAUCACAACAACUGCAGGCCUCCAGGGCUCUGAUCUGUGUCUCCAUUGCUGCCAGCGUGGUGGCCAUCGGGCUCACUGUGGUCGGGGCUCACUGCACUAAUUUCUUUUAUUAUGACCAGGUGACCAAAUCCAAUGUUGGUGUGGCUGGAGGUGUGAUGUUUAUAAUAGCAGGGCUCGCGUGCCUCAUUCCUGUCACCUGGAUGGCUUACAGCAUCAUCACUGGUUUUUAUUAUCCUCAGGCCAUACAGGAAACGAGUGGAGAGCUGGGGGCUUCUAUAUUUAUUGGCUGGACGUCUGGAGCACUGCUUGUCAUUGGAGGAGGGAUUUUGUGCUUCACCUACAGAUGCUGUAGAAGAUGAGAGAGCAGUGCUGGAGUACAUAGUGCCAUCCGUCCAGUACAGGCUGCAGAUGACAGUGUGUUCACUCUGAGAGACCUUCUUCUUGUUUCAGGCUUUGGAGCUCUAUUUUCAUCAUUUAUGUCCAUCUCCAGUGGUGCACUUGUUAGCACAUUUGCUUGCCAAGUAAAAAGUCUCUGGUUUGAUUUCAGCUGGAGAGACAAACCCCCUUUGGGGAUGGGUUUUAUGGAAAAACUGCCAAAUUAAACAGUAGCUACCUGCUGUGGUGACCCCUUGUGGUAAAGGAGCAGCUGAAAGUAGCUUGCUAUGUCAACCUUAAAUUGCACUGUAUUCAAGUUUUGCAACAAAUCUCUGUGAAACAUGUAACAUGUUAAACUCUACAGUGAGCUGCAUAUCUAAGUGUUUACUUUAAUGUUAUAUGUUUUAAGUGUGGGUGAGGAAAAAGAAGUCUGAGAUAUGUUGAAUCUUAAUCUUAUACAAUAUUCUUGUAAAAAGUAUGAAGAAAUUUUUUUGAGUUUUACCUGCGAGAA